AUGAAUUCAUAAAAUAGUACUGAAUUUCACUCAGCUUUAGAGAGCGCAGUGAAGGAAGUUCCAUUUGCUCCUGAUACUAUUACAGAAGAUGAAUUGAAAAAAAUUAAUGACAAUAGAAUGGCACUUUGGAGGACUGAAUAGUUCAAAAAUUCAUUGAGAAAAGCAGUUCGUGAAACAUUAAAAAAAGAGAAAGAAAAAGUGCCUAAUAAGUAUGCUAGUAGAGUUUAUAGAUAAAUGUAUUUUAAAAAUGUUAGAGAUUCAAAUAAAUUUAAGAAAUAUGAAAAGAUUCAGCUUCAUCCUGAUAUCACUAAAUCAGAUUACUAUUAUAUUGAAGAUAAAAUUAGUAGCAUUAAUACUAAUGUAAAAAUAUCAUCUGGAGUGACUUUAGCAAGUAUUGCUUACUUGAUGAUAAGGAGAGAUUUAAUUGGAAUCAUGAUGAAAAACCCAGGAAUUUCAGUGCCUAUAGUAGGAUUAAUUCCUUUUACUGGUAUGCUUACAGCUUAAUACCUAACAGAGUUCUUUUUAAAUAAAAAACUAAAUGAUAUUGGCUUAUUCCAAAAAUAUUAGCUUUAAGAUUUGUACUGA